AUGACAUGCAACAAAAUGCAUUCUACAGGCUCGUCUGUCUCCGUGACGCGUCCAACGGCGACUGCCACAUCCGCAGUAGCUGCUGCGUCUCCUGCUGUGCGCGCACUGUGCUCAGGUGCCGUGGCGGGUAUUGUUGCUGACUCAUUGCUACAUCCAUUAGAAGUCAUUAAUCUACGUAUGAAAAUUCAGCAACAUCCUAACUCCAAGUACAGUGGUAUUAUACGCUCGAUCAAGACCAUUCUCAAAGAGGAGGGCGUGCGUGGCUACUUUGGUGGUAUUGGUACCACGUUAUUAGCUUCUCCUGUGUGUGCUGCAAUGUAUUUUGGUACAUACGAGACAAUUAAGGCUGCAGCUGCUCCGUUACUUCCGGAGGAACAUCAUGGUUUGGUCUAUUUCUUUGCUGGAGCUACAAGUGAAGCAAUUAUUUCGGCAAUCAGUGUACCAUCGGAAGUGAUAAAGUCACGACUACAACUUGGAUGCAAUCCUUGUAAUGCCAGUGGAGGUGUUGUGAAAUAUACGCAAAACUAUAGAGGUACAGCACAUGCAGCCAAGUCAAUUUUGACGUCGGAGGGAUUGCGUGGACUCUAUGCUGGCUACUUGGCAUGUUUGAGUGUGGACACAUUUUUCUCGGCGUUUUCAUUCCUUUUUUAUGAAAAUUUGAAGCACAGAUACCAUAAGCACUUGACUGUGAAUCAUGGUGGCCGAUCGUUAAACUCGGUAGAGUCAUUGGCUCUAGGGUCUAUAGCAGGUGGAGUGGCUGCGUUCCUGACCAAUCCGUUGGAUGUUAUCACGGUGCGACUCAUGACACAAGGCAAGAGCAAGCAGUACGUUGGACUGCGUGACUGCUUUAUGAAGUCGGUAAUUAAUGAAGGACCGGGCGUGUUGUGGCGUGGUGCAGCGUGUCGUAUUGUGUCGAUCAUGCCUACCACGGGCAUUUGCUUCGGAGUUUACGAGACGAUUAAGCACACAUUCUUUAAUGGCGACCUGGACGAAUUUGACUUGGCGUGA